AUUUAUAAUAGGAUUACUUCCGGUACGCGUGUUUUUACCGGUGAGAGCUGAUGCAACGUUUGUGAAAGUAUUCUUUGAAUCUAUAGCUCUGCAAUGAUCUAUUCUGUUUGAUAUUUAUGUGAUUGAGUGAAAUAUAUUUGAUAUGGCACAAUCAGUUCCAACAACAAACAUUAGCUUCCCGGGUGAAGAGGAAAAAAUUCUGAAAUACUGGAAGGAAAUCGAUGCUUUUCGCACGUCUUUAAAACAGUCAAAAGGAAAACCGCGAUACACAUUCUAUGAUGGUCCCCCAUUCGCCACGGGCUUGCCUCAUUAUGGACACAUCCUGGCCGGAACUAUAAAAGACGUGGUAACCCGCUGGGCUCAUCAGACUGGGUUUCACGUGGACAGACGGUUUGGAUGGGAUUGUCACGGUCUACCGGUGGAAUAUGAGAUUGACAAAACAUUAGGCAUCAAAGGCCCGGAGGAUGUGGAGAAAAUGGGGAUUGCGGCUUAUAACGCGGAGUGCAGGAAGAUCGUCAUGAGAUACUCUACUGACUGGGAAGAGAUUGUGACUCGCCUGGGUCGGUGGAUCGACUUUGAGAACGACUAUAAGACAAUGUAUCCCAGCUUUAUGGAGAGCAUCUGGUGGGUGUUCAAAGAGCUAUACAACAAAGGACUAGUUUAUAAAGGGUCAAAGGUCAUGCCCUUUUCCACUGCCUGCAACACUCCUUUGUCAAACUUUGAGUCGGGACAGAAUUACAAGGAUGUGGUGGAUCCAGCAGUCAUUGUUAAUUUUCCUCUCUUGGAUGACCCUGAUGUUGCGAUCAUUGCCUGGACAACAACACCUUGGACAUUGCCUAGCAACUUAUCUGUGUGUGUGAACCCCGACAUGGACUAUAUCAAGGUCAAAGACAAAUCCACGGGGAAAGUUUACAUCAUGAUGGAAGCCAGACUGGAGGCUCUGUUUAAGAAGGCAGAUGAAUACACAAUCUUAGAGAAAUUUAAGGGGAGGACGCUUGAAGGCAAAAAAUACGAACCAGUUUUUCCGUACUUCAAAUAUAUGAGAGAGCAGACUGGAGCUUUCCGCGUUCUGAUGGAUGACUAUGUCACAGCUGAGAGUGGUACAGGAAUAGUCCACCAGGCACCCUACUUUGGAGAGGAUGAUUACCGAGUGUGUUUGAAGUAUGGCAUCAUCACUCGUGACAUGAAAAUCAUCUGUCCUGUGGAUGCUUCCGGAAAGUUCACCAAUCAGGUCACAGAUUUCAAGGGCCAAUACGUCAAGGAUGCAGACAAGGCUAUUUCAAAGAACCUGAAGGAGAGGGGUCGUUUGGUGCACCAGUCCACAUUUAAACAUAGUUAUCCUUUCUGUUGGAGGUCAGAGACCCCACUGAUUUACAAGGCUGUGCCCAGCUGGUUUGUACGAGUUGAACAGGCGACAACGCAGCUUUUGGAGAACAAUCAGAAAACAUACUGGGUGCCAGACUUUGUAAAGGAGAAGAGGUUCGCAAACUGGCUUCGGGAGGCUCGGGAUUGGGCAAUAUCUCGGAACAGGUACUGGGGAACACCGAUUCCCCUCUGGAUCAGUGAGGACGGAGAAGAGAUUGUUUGUGUUGGGUCCGUGGAAGAACUGAAGAGGCUGUCCGGGGUAGAAGUCAAAGACCUUCAUAGAGAAUCAGUUGACAACAUCACCAUUCCAUCAAAGCUUGGAAAAGGAGUUUUGAGACGAACGUCCGAGGUAUUUGACUGCUGGUUUGAGAGUGGUAGCAUGCCUUACGCCCAGGUCCACUAUCCAUUUGAGCGGAAGAAGGAGUUUGAUGACACGUUCCCUGCCGACUUCAUUGCGGAGGGAAUAGACCAGACCCGAGGAUGGUUCUACACACUGCUCGUCCUCUCUACGCUGCUGUUUGGAAAACCACCAUUCAAGAAUCUGAUUGUCAAUGGAAUUGUGUUGGCAGAAGAUGGAAAUAAGAUGAGCAAAAGACUGAAGAACUACCCAGACCCCAUGCUGAUUGUACACAAAUAUGGAGCAGAUGCACUCAGAUUGUAUUUGUGUAACUCCCCAGCUGUGAAGGCUGAGGGCCUGAAGUUUAAGGAGGAGGGGGUGGAGAGAGUGCUUAAGGAUGUCUUCCUACCGUGGUACAAUGCCUACAGAUUCUUCAUGCAGAAUGUGGACAGAUACCAGACUGAGGAAGGUCUAGAGUUUCUGUACAAUGAGAGCAAGAUCACCAAACGAUCCAAUUACAAAGACCGCUGGAUCAUGUCCCUAGCUCAGUCACUCAUCAAGUUUGUCAGGAUGGAAAUGCAAGCGUAUCGUCUGUACACUGUAAUGCCAAGGCUUGUCAAGUUUGUGGACCAGCUGACCAAUUGGUAUGUCAGAAUGAACAGGAAAAGACUAAAGGGGGAGGGCGGCCUAGACGACUGCAGAGAGGCCCUGGAAACUCUCUUCUCUGUCCUGAUGACCAUGAUCAGACUAAUGGCUCCCAUGAUUCCAUACAUAACAGAACACAUGUUCCAGAACUUGAGGAAGCUGAUAGACCCGAGGUCCGUGGGAGACCAAGACAUCCGCAGCGUCCACUUUCUCCAAAUACCAACCUACCGGGACGAUCUGAUUGACACCUCCAUCGAGAGAGCCGUGUCCCGCAUGCAGUCUGUUAUAGAACUGGGGCGGGUAACCAGAGAGAGAAACACCUUACCCCUCAAGUACCCCCUCAAAGAAGUGGUGGCCAUCCACCGUGACCCAGAGGCACUAGAGGACAUUAAGUCCCUCCAGUCUUACAUCAUGGAGGAGCUGAAUGUCAAAUCAGUCAAGGUCACACAAGACAAAUCCAGUUUCGGGGCACACCUAGUGGCAGAAGCAGAUUUUAAGACACUUGGUGCAAAGUUGAAGGGAGCAAUGAAAACUAUUGCUAAAGCUGCAAAAGAUCUGACUGAUGGUCAGCUUGAAGAGUUCCAGUCAACAGGGAAGAUAACUGUGGCUGGAUAUGAAUUGGUAGAGGGCGACCUGAAACUGAUGUACAAGUUUGACAACACCAAGGACGGCACAAAAAGUUGUUAUGAUGCUCACUCAGAUAGGGAGGUGUUAGUGUUAUUAGACAUAGUUCCGGAUCAGAGCAUGCUUGACGAGGGAGUGGCCAGAGAAGUCAUCAAUCGAGUACAGAAACUACGGCAAAAGGGAGGCUUAGUCCCAUCAGACAAGAUCACGGUGUAUUACAAGGCCUCGGAGAAUCUGGGAAAGAUAAUCAGCGAGUUUAACGAAUACAUCUGUAACGCCAUUAAGCAGCCAUUCUUACCAUUCCCCGUCCCACCGUCAGAGACAGUUUUCCUACAAGAAACCAUGGAUGUGAAGAAAGAAAAACUAGAAAUGGCCAUUGUAAAACAAGGCGAGAGUAGUGGCCCACUAGCGACUGCCAGCUUCCUGUCCCCAGCCCCAGCUAAGAACACUCCGUUCUGUAAGUUUGUGAAUGCCGUCCUGGUGGGCAUGCCCUCGCAGGAGGGGGUGGAGGGAAACCAGGCCACUGUGCUACUAGAAAACCCCACAGGCAAUGGCUUUAAGGACCUCCAACAGCUGAUUGAUCAGAUCAAGGCAGUUUUUGGCGUGAGGGGAAGAAGAGUGAUACUGUACACCGAUUCUGGAUUGAAAAAUGAACUCCCGUCUACCACAAAACCCGCAUCACUGGCCGGUCAGACAUUAUACGUGGGGCCGCUAUCAGGGGCAGAGGGAGUCAGCUACUCAGCAGUGGCGACCCCUGUGUGUCAUUUUGUGAAUGUGGAAUAUUCCAAGGGAGGCAAUAAAAAGGGAACACUAGUUCUGGAAAAUCCCAGAGGAAACACCUUCAAUUUUGAGCAGUUACUUUCACAGGCCUCAGCUGUGUACAGUCUGAAUAGUAAGAACGCAGUGUUAAGUCGGACAAAGGAUAAAACAGGGGCCUUAUCUGCGGAUAGUACAAAGAACAUCAUAGAUUUACACGGCUCAACGCUGCAGCUCCUGAUGCAUUGACAGCUUAAAAGCUAGAACUUACAUUCACAGUGAUGUUUGUACUUAUUCUGAAGAGACAGAAAAACAUGUGAUGCACAGGGAUGAUUAUGAUGAGAUUCUGUGUGAAUAAUAAGAGUGAAUAUUUAAUUAAUAUUAUGAUGGAAUAAUAAAGGAAUUUUCACUUCA